AUGCAAACAACAACACAUACUCGUUUGCAUCAACUUGGUAGAACAGACUUGAUUCUUUCUGUUUUUAAAGGUUUAUCAUUUGCGCUAUUAGUUGGUUUAAUAACAAUGGUAUUACCUAAUGAAUUAAGCAAAAAUCUACAUUCUAUAGUCAUUGGUGGUGCUGCUGGUGUUUAUUGCGGCAAUGCAUUGUCGAUUAAUCAAAGAUCAUAUCCCAUUCGGUUAAUUAUUCAUAGUACUUCAUUCAUUCUAUUUACAACAUUAAGUUUAUUCGGUAUGUUUCAGCCAUAUUUACUUGGGGUUGCAUGGUUUUCUCAUGGAUGUUAUGAUUUACUAUGCUAUUAUUGUGUUAUUCCAUCAAAUAUUCAAGCUUGGUAUAUGAUUGCUUGUGCAUCAACGGAUAUUGCCUUAGCCAUUUUUAUUUUCUAUUGGUACUAA